AUGGAAAGCCCUCGCUCGCCGAGGGGUAAGAAGAGUAAGCUGGCGCCGCCCGUGGCACAGGAACCAGAGGGGCCCUGCUCGAUCAUGGUGGAGGGCUAUGUGGUUGAGAUCACCCCCCAGCACUUUUCGUUGCCGCAUCAACUCAUCUUCAACGAAUUUCGCAACGUUGCAGGACCGGCACUCCAUAAGAAGCUUGGAAGCGCAGACAUUUAUAAGCAGAAGCUACCAUUGAACAUUUCGAUCCGUUUGUUUUCCGUGGUGCGGGCCCUGAUCGUGGGCGGUGCAAAAGCUCGGCUAAUCGACGACGAAGGCAAGUUGCACGAUUUGUUGGGUGCGUGGGUGCGUCGUCAGUGGAAUGACGGCUCUGUUGGUAUAAUUACCCUCCCCUUCAUACUUACACCAAGCAAAACUAAGCCCGAUAAGCUGAAGAUCACAUUCUCUUGUACCCUCUUCAAUGAGUCUGGGCAGUUGCAGUACCCUCUUGAAUACAAGUAA